AUCCCCGACGUCCUAGUAUCCCCCGAAAUUGUCCCCCGGGGACGGAUAGCCGGAGUGACCCACGGCACAGGAUGUCGUUCUCUUUCUGCGAGCCGAUUUAUCCACAUGCGACCAGAUGCCGAGACGACCUCCGCAAAGUCCCCAUACCUCCCAGUGCCCAAGGGUGGCGGGCCAGAUCCCCGGAACACAUCCCGAAGAGGCGCUCGGGAUGAAUCCCGGACUGCCUUCAAAAGUAGUUGCCCGGGGGGGAUUUCUGCAUACUAAUCGAGCUGGACGUUCUAUUCUGGAUAGAUUCCAUUCCUUGCAUAUUACCCGUCACCUCCAGCAUGGAAAAAGUCGACGUGCUUAUUUGCGGCAGUGGUUCAGCCGGACUAUGCGCCGCAACCUGGCUCGCACGAUACGGCGUCCGCUGUAAAGUGCUCGAACGCCGCGACGGACCUAUGAAAAUGGGCCAAGCCGACGGAGUCCAAUGUCGCACGGUGGAAAUCUUUGAGAGUUUCGGUAUCGGCGAGGAGUUGUUGCGAGAGGCGUAUCACGUCCUCGAGGUCAACUUUUGGGCUGAUGAGGGGACGGGCGUGAUCAAGCGGACUGGUCGGACGGCGGAUACGCAGCCGGGUCUUUCGCAUCAGCCGCAUGUGAUCUUGAACCAGGCGCGGAUCAACGGGUUGCUGAUUGAGUUGAUGCAGAAGUAUAACGAUCAGCAGAUUGAUUAUGGGUACAAUGUCACCUCCGUUCAGGUUGAUAGUGCUGCGGCUGCGGAUUCGGAGGCUUAUCCGGUCACGGUGACUGCGGAGAAGGAUGGAAGGACGACGACGUUUGCUGCGAAAUAUGCAUUGGCCUGCGACGGCGCCCACAGUAUCGUCCGCAAAGCGCUGGGUUACAAGAUGAUCGGCGACAGCAGCGAUGCCGUCUGGGGUGUGAUGGACAUGGUCCCACGUACCAACUUUCCCGACUUCCGCAAGAAAUCCACCAUUCGGUCCAAGGCAGGAAACAUCCUGAUCAUCCCCCGCGAGGGCGACAACAAUAAUUUGACCCGGUUCUAUAUCGAGCUGGCUCCCGGCACCAAUCCCAAGGACGUCACCCUGGAGAACUUACAGCGCCAGGCACAAGCUAUCCUACAACCGUAUCAGAUUGAAUUUGUCGAAACGGUUUGGUGGUCCGCCUAUUCAAUCGGUCAGCGCCACGCCGACUUCUUCCACAAGGAUCACCGCGUUUUCCUGGCCGGUGACGCGUGUCACACGCACUCUCCCAAGGCCGGUCAGGGUAUGAACGUCAGUCUACAGGACGGCUAUAACAUUGGCUGGAAACUCGGUGAGAUUCUCACCGGGUUAGCGGACCCUUCUCUUCUCGAGACUUAUGUCUUGGAGCGAAAGAAGACGGCUAUCGAUCUUAUUACCUUUGAUCGUUACUUCUCCAAGCUCUUUUCCUCUGGAGCGAACACGUCUCCUGCGGAGUUCCAAGACGGUUUCAUCCAGUCCGGCAAAUAUACUGCUGGAUUGACGGCUAAAUAUGACGUUUCCCCGAUCACAACUGCCUUGGAGGGCAAGCAACUUGCCUCGAAUGUCGUGGUGGGCAUGCGUCUACCCAGUGCUCAGGUGGUCCGAUUCUGUGAUUCCAAGCCCUUGCAGUUGAUGAAGGCACUUAAGUCGGAUGGCCGGUGGCGCAUCAUGGCUUUCAUAGGAGAUUUGACUGUUGCAGAGAAUCGAGAAAAGUUGAAUCAGCUCGGAGAAUACCUGUCAUCACCCGAAAGCCCCGUUUAUACAUUCACUCCCAAGUCCCAGGACGUGGACAGUCUGAUCGAGACUAUCGUAAUCGGCCACGGAAAGCGGCACGAUGUCGAGCUGGAGCAGAUUCCAGCAGUAUUCUACCCAGUCGCAGGCAAGAACCAGACCCGAGAUCUCCACAAAAUCUACUAUGAUGAUGAGAGCCAUAAUAAGGGCCACGGCCAUGCAUACGAAUACCUGGGCAUCGAUCCGCAACAAGGAGCCCUAAUCAUCGUCCGACCCGAUCAAUAUGUAUCCGCCGUGCUGGACAUCACCGACUAUACCCAAAUCGGCAAGUUCUUCGCCGGCUUCCUGAAAACACAAGCAACUCCGGAGACUACGGAGCAUAGCUAUCGCACCACCAGUCCGCUUGAUAGCAGAUUGUAGUGAUUCGAAUACCCCCUCUUUUCUACAUUGUACAUAUUACUAUUUUAAGAGAUUUCUGCAUAAAAGGAUUUAUGGGAUUGGCUUUUUUAGUCUUUGUCAACGGCUUUGCGGAAGUAUAAGCUUGACAGGAUUCGCCGCU